AUGACGAUACGGUUAUGCCCGUGCCAGAGGAAGAGGUGCUUAAGCUCAGCGGAGGAGAGUCAUUACGUGGCGUGGGUCGCGCGCGCAGGCGGAUGGCUGCGAUGCGACGACGAUGCGGUCACACCCGUGCCUGAAGAAGAGGUGCUCAAGCUCAGCGGAGGAGGUGACUGGCACUGUGCGUACCUGCUGCUCUACGGGCCCCGCGUGCUUGAGCUGCCGUCGGAAGACGAGCCGAUGGUGACGGAGGUCACGGAGACGGAUCCAGGAGUGCCGCCCACCGCGCUCGCAUAACGCAGCCGACUCGCUUCGCCCGCUCGGCUGGCCCACGGAACUAGGGCUACUCCGAAACGCCGUCACGUAGUUUCGACUCUAUCUGUCACUGUCUCAUGCUGGCACUCGCGCGUCGCGUGAGAGGGACGGCGAUAUUCGAGACUUGAACAACGUUUUUCGGAGUAACCCCGCUGACGCUAGCUUGGGACGACAUUGUCUACACACAGCUGCCUGCCCGUACCCAGCGAGACUGACCACACCCUGCCUUUGUAGCGCGUUAGCCACCUUGUGAACCGUGUACCGAGAAUGAAAUGCAAUAAUGCCUUGCCUUAUAUCGUAUGUAUGUGGGGCUAGAAAAUAAUGUUCUAUGUUUCAAGUUGUUCUCAAAAUGCUGCAGCCCCACAGAACUGAAUUAGUUUUAGGUGAGUAGAUUUGGAAAUAUAAUUUGAUUUUUUCUUUUUAAUUAUUCAUUGUGGGCCUGAUAAUGAAAUUAUUACUCUUACCUAUCUUAAAUGCUGAAAAUUGAAAUCUUUAUCUUACUAAACAUAAUUAUGUGUAAAAUCGACCAGUAAAAAGAUCAAUUUGUUAUUUCAUAUAACUUAUUCUUUUAUACAGUAAAUUCUUCUAAUAUUUUAAAGGCUUAAAUAAUUUUUAUUAUUUCAUUCUUAUUUUAUCUAAAACAUUAUCUUGCUCCGUUAUUUUAUCGUUAUUUACUCAAUCCUAUAUAACAAUUCAAAAACUUCAUUACUGAAUAUAAUGAAUUUUUACUGUCGAAGAUAAAUCGAUGGCAUUUAAAAUCGCAAUUUUCAUUUAGCAGAUCGAUGCAGUUGUUACUUAAUUGAAAUGUUUUUUCAAUUUUACACCGAGUGUUAAAAUAAUAAUGUAAGUGUCCAUAACUAUUAAGUUUUCAAUAUUUAUCGCGUGCACAAGUUGUGUUUUUGAACGCAGCACAAACAAUGU